GCCCGACGCUGUAGAAUUCACAUACAGUCCUCAUCUGAAUUUAACCUUGAAAUGGAGGAAGUACGAGGAAGCAAUAGACUUGGAAGAGUUAAACUCAAAACUCAGCACCAAUUGCCAACUUAUACGCAACAGGAGUUGCCGGAUGCAUUCUGGACAGGAAGAAAUGGAUACACGAGAAGAGAGCCACCUUCAUUGUGUUGCCAGUCUCUGGACGUCCUUGGCAGCCCAAUUAGUGCAAUGGAGUAUCUGUCUCGCUCAUGGAGCCCAGCAGCCUCUGACUUCCUAAGCAUUUUCUCAUCAAAUAAUCUGUUAAUUCCUCUAGAGGAUAGCUGCUUUCAAGGAAAGCCUGAUGAGGAGCUAAAUGAGGGUUAUAAAACGGGAGAUCACGAUGGAGAAUCAGAAACCGCGGAAACAAAAGAAAGCACCUUUCUCUGCGAUGUUCAUACUACAAGGAAGCACGCACAAAACUCUGAAAGCAACAGAAACAAUCGGAGUCAAAGCAAACAGAGUGCUGUCAGUAGAGUGGAUAGCCUACGGAUGUUAUUUGCAAUUGAGAGGCCCCACCCAGCUGUCUAUAAGAAGCAUCCGACAUUUGAUCUGAGUAGGCUAAACUUGAAGGACGUAAAGGGAUGGUUAACAGGCAAACCUUUAGCUAGCCUACUCAAGUGGUACAAGGACAGGAAGAAAGAGGAGCUUCGAUUGCACAGAGCAAAAGUAGAUGCCGCCCUAUCUGUUGCACGCUUGGCUGCAGCAAUCGCUGGCAUCACUGGCAACAGCAUCGUAGGCGUAGAUGAUAUCACCUGCCACAAUAGUAGUAGCAUGGUGGCUUAUGACAAUAACAUGGGAAAUGUCCUUUCUUUUGCCGCAAGUCUGGUGGCUGCUGUCUGUGCAGAAGCUGCGGAGUCAGCAGGUGCACCCAGAGACCAGGUUGCCUCUGCCAUCAACUCUGGUUUUGCGAACCAAACACCAGCUGACAUGAUCACACUAACAGCCACAGCUGCAACGUGUUUAAGAGGAGCUGCAACACUCAGAUCAAGAACCAUUGUAAAUUCCUAUCUGGAAGAGACUGAAGAGCUGCUGAAUUCCGGGACUGCAAUGCCAGUAGUCACACCUUCUGGGCAAAAGAGGCAAAGAUUAGUAUCAGUCCAUCUGAAACACAGGCAGCCGUUAUUGACUCUCACAAGAAAGUAUUUUGGAGCGGUUCUCACAUCAAAAGAGUACAGAAUUUUGGAUAUGUCGGAAGAAGUUCAUGAAGCCCGUGGCUACUUCUUGCUCAGCUUACAAACCGAAGGAGGCGAUAUCAAGCUGUUGUUCUGCAAUGAGGAUCAAGCAAUCGUGUGGAUAUCAGCCAUAUCUAAUUGCCUGCACCUUUGUUCCCUCAACAAUGACAAUGUCAAAUUAGAAAAUGAUUAAUGAUGUGUCAUCUCGUCUUUUACGAAGAACAAACGGUGUAUACUAAACUUAAAGCAUAGAAUGCCACGUACUUAUUAAGU